AUGCCUACUUCAGAUGCUAUCAAUGAACGCGAAGCAAUGCUACGGGAAAAAAUUAAAAAAUUCCUUCGCUGUGAUGCAUUUAAGAAGUAUCCGCUUGGAACUAAUAAUGAUAGUGCUGUUCAGUACGAUAUUGUCAAUACUCAUUUUGUUGCUGAAUCAAUUACAGAUAAUCCUGAUGACUGGAAAUUGGCGUUUGCGAAUAUUUGCAGCUAUGUGAAACCCGGUGGUAAACUCGUAAUGGCUGCAAUGAAACAUUCCAAUGCUUGGAAAAAUGGUGAACAGAAAUUUCCAGCAACAUACAUUACCGAACACGAUCUUGUUGAGCGUCUUAUUGAAAAUGGUUUUCGGUAUGAGGAUAUAAUUAUGGAAACAUUUCCUGCUGAUCAAGAAGACUAUAAGGAAGUUAUAUUCUGCUGCGGUAUCAAAAAUUUAUAA